AUGAUCGACUUUUCUAACAAUAGCUUAACUGGUAGCUUGCCUCAAUGCUUAACAAAUUUGAGCACCUAUCUCUCGGUUUUGAAGUUGAGAAUGAAUCAACUUGAGGGCACAAUUCCACAAACAAUUUCUUUGAUACCUAGAUUGACGACUCUUGACUUGAGCCAAAAUCAAUUUGAAGGCAAGUUGCCCCGGUCCCUUGUCAAUUGUCUAGAUCUAGAAAUUUUGGAUCUUAGUAGCAAUCAGAUAGAUGAUACAUUCCCAAGAUGGUUGGGAAAACUUUCGAAAUUGAAAAUUCUCAUUUUGACGUCCAACAAUUUGAAGGGUCUUGUGAAUAUUCCGAAGGGAGAUCUCAUCUUUCCAAAGUUACGCAUUUUGGAUCUCUCCAACAACUACUUUGGAGGUCUUUUACCAGCCAACUUGAUAAUGAACCUUAGAGGCAUGAAGAAUAGAGAAGAUGAGCGAGACGGACCAUCGUAUAUGACAAGGCAGUCCUUCUUUUGGAGAGGGGCACCAUAUGAAAAUACCGUGACCGUGAUGAUGAAAGGGCAAAAGACAAAGCUAGUGAAGAUCUUGACCAUCUUCACAGCCAUUGACUUGUCAUACAACUUUUUCCAAGGAGACAUUCCCGAAGUUUUUGGCCAUCUUUGCUCUCUCAUAGGGCUCAACCUUUCACACAACCACCUUACAAAUUCCAUCCCUCCAAUUUUAGGAAACCUGACUCAACUUGAAUGGCUUGAUCUAUCUUCGAACAAGCUUAGAGGGGGAAUUCCUAGAGUACUGGGAGAUUUGACAUUCCUUGGGUACUUAAACCUCUCGAAGAACCAACUCAUUGGUCCAAUUCCUCAAGACAAGCAAUUGAGUACAUUUUCAAGCCACUCGUUUAGUGAGAAUCCAGGCUUAUGUGGUACUCCAUUGCCAAAAGCAUGCCCUGGCGAUGCUCAACCUCCUCCACCAUCAUCCUCAUCAACUUCGAGCCGCAAAGGACAUGAGAGUUGGUUCAGAAAGAAAGUAGUGUUGAUAGGUUAUGCAUCUGGAAUUGUCAUUGGGAUUUCCGUAGCAUACAUUGCGAUUGAAACGGGAUGGCCCAAAUGGCUCGCGCGAGUCGUGAGAAUGCUGGAGAGAAGUGCAGCCCAAUGGAUGGAGAAGCCAAAGCGAAGGGCCAUCAAGUUUCAUGGACAGUGA